UUGGACAAGAAGUCAUAAUACAAUUAUUUGAAAAAUAUUGCAACUGAGAUUUGAACUACAAUAUAAAAAAAUAUUUAAAAAAAAUUGUAAGUGAUUCCUUUUGUCCUUUUAGAAUUUGGUAAGGUUUUUCCCACAUUCUACUGCCAAAAUACUUAUGCUACUCUUUAAGGGUUCGCACUUGAGUCCUCUUAAAGGUGCACUCAGUAAUUCUAAUCCAAUACACUUUGUCAAAUUCUGCAAAUAUCUCCUCACAGUCUUCUAACUGUCCGUUCUGUGUGUGGGCUGAAAAAAAAAUCUAGUAUUUGUACACAGCCCUAGCUCUGUAAAUGGGACAAAAACAAAGUGGAACAGACUGAUCCACACAACACUACUCAAGCCAAUCAGCAACAGGGGGUGGUUCUUGCACGUGCACAGGAUGGGGGGUGGGGGCAGAGCGAGAGGAGAAGAGCAACGGCAAAUCUGGCUGAUGCGAACUUUCUAAAAUCCAAGCAGGACAAAUGGCUGAGAAACAGCCCAUGACAAAAAGGUCUGACGAAUAUAAACUAAAAAAAAGAAGGAUUAUGGUAUGUUGAGGGCUAGGAGCCACGUCAACAUCGGCGAGGCUUUUCAGCGGUGGAGAGAACUCCGAGAGGUAAAAGCCUUGAAGACAGAUGUAGAAGUUGCUCUUUUUCUUCUCGAUAGAUGUUUCCUUGGUCUGCUGUUUUCUCCCUGGAGCCGAAGGUUCCAGGCCAACGCACUCCAGAGGAGCUGGUGACCAACACUUUAAUGUUGGAGCUUGGAGCUAUAGUGAAACGAACCGAACGGAUCAGGCUGGAGAAGGAAGCAGAGAACCGUAGACGUCGCAACUCUUCCUCUGCAGAUUACAGCUGGCUGGCCGGCCCUCAGCCUCACGUACCCUACGAGCUCACACCAGGAGAUGUUCUGGACCUGCAAAACCUGUGUGCCCAAAUCCCACCCCAACAGUGUGGUCCGGCUAUUGUUAGGUUCCGGAAACUAGUGUCAGAGAUUGAGCCAGAUGUGCAUGAAGUUCCAAAACUGUUCCGGAGCGUCUUGCGAAACUGUCUGGAUGAGGUUCAGGGAGAUGCAGAACUCCAGGAUCGGGUAAACCUUUGGGAGAAACAGCGCAGCAAAAGCCUUUCCUUCGUCACAUUCCGUUCCAAGUUUCGCACCCUGAACCGCGGAAAGGGAACCUUUGGUGGUUCCCGCAACAACCUGCAAGAGGAGAACACGUGGUCUGACGAAGACGAGGAGGCAGCAGAGCAGGUGGCGACCGCCAUGCGCACCAGGAAAGGGCGGAGUCUGAGCAUGCCAGAGAUCACCCCACUGGAACAGGCUGCCCAAAGCUGAAUGCGAGGAAGAUGGACUAAGGCAUGAAGGCAAAUGGAAGGCACGAAAGAAAGAAAUUUGAGAAGAGCUGUGGCCUGCAAGAUGAUAAGGAUGAGACUAAAGCGAGUAAGGCAAAGAAAAGAGAGGCGAAGAGAGGACAAAUCUGACUGAAAAAUCUUGAAAGACUAAAGCUUGUGCUUUCAGAUUGUUAAAACAUUGUUAAUUUGUUAAUCACACCAAAGAACACAGGCAUAUGUAAGAAGCCUACAGCCAGGCCUUUUUUAACUUUCAAAAUGUUUUUUUUGUUAUGGGUAUAUGCUAGAAUUUGGCAAAAUGUAUGUAUUUGAGUGUUUAAGAGAGUUUAAUUUUCUCUUUAAAGUUACACAAGACUACUACAGCAGUGAUCGGCCAAUACAGGUUGGCUGAUGUCCAAUAUAAUAACGAUAUUUACUGUAUAAUACAAUUUAGUGAUGGCAAAUGAGACAUCAACAAAUUUGAGGGAAUUACAUGAACACUUAAUUUACUACAUUUUUUCUUUAUUUUGAAAUGCCCCCAAAGCACAGUUGAGCAUUAUUAAUUGUUUGACAAUGCUGCUGGAUUUUGAAACUGGCAAAAGCUGUAACUACUACCACUUUGCAAGCCCUUUCAGCAUUUAAUCACGUGCAUAUGACUUAUAGAUAUCUGUAAUUACAUUUUCACUAGUUAAAAUGAUAAUUCUUGAUAUCAGCCAUGGAAUUAAUACUAGUAAAAAAAAAAAAAAAAGAAAGAAAAAAAUAUGUCAGUAAUUACGUUUGCACUAAUAACAUUUUUAAUUCUUGAUAUGUAAAAUGACAAAAUUACUUACCCAUUCUUAAUAUGAAAAAUGGAAUUUCAACUAGUAAAAACAUAAUGUUUGGUAUAUGUAACUUAUUCACUUGUUCAAAAUGCAAUUACAGAUUUCUACAUUUAAUUUUUUUCUAGUUAAAAUUCUAAAUACACAUACAGUAUCAUGUAUGUACUUUUCUAUAGUAAAAAUAAUAUUUUUUGAUCAAUAAUUACACUGUUAUGAACUAGCCUACAAGUUCAGAUGUUCAUUCCUUAUAUCAACAAUUUAAUUACAACUAAAAAUGCUAAAAACUUUGCCACUAGUGAAAACCAAAUUCUAAAUAUACAAUUUUUUUAUAUUUUUACUAGUAAGAAGUACAUAGCUGAUACUGUGUGUAUUUGGAAUGUCAACUAGUAAGAAAUUAAUUAUAGAUAUCUGUAAUUGUUUUUGUUUUUUUUUAAACAGGAAUGUAUCACAUACUGUAGGUAAUGUCAUUUUGAUAUCAAGAAUUACAAAUUUUACUUGCAAACAUCUCAUAUAAAAAAUGUGCAUUUUUGCUACAGUAUUUAUCAAGAAUGACCAUUUUUACUAAUGAACAUUUUAUUACACAUUUAUCAUUCAUAUCUUUCACAUGAUUAAAAGUCAAUUCAGCUUGCUAUAACACUUCUGUUAAUUGGCAAAUGCCUGACCAAUGUAUUGGUCUAUCACUACUCUCCUGCAAAUUAAUAGCAUCAUUAGCUACAGUUUCUCAGAUGUGCUUUAAUAUGUACCACUUGUCCUUCACAUCACAACAGUGUUCAGUUUAUAUAAGAGAUGCAAAUCAUUCAGCUAAAAAAAAAAGCCUGGAAAGUCUUCAUAAAAAGUGCAAAUGAAUUAAUACACUGUACAUCGUUCAUGAGUUUGAGUUGAGAGCAUGUGGUGUGUGUGUGAGAGAGGAAGAGUUUGUGAUUUACCAAAUUAUAGAGUUUGGCCUUGAAAAUGCUGCUUUCAACCGAAAGCGUCUUUCUCCUCCUGUUUUAUUAUUCACAGCAUCAUAGUAUGCGGGAGCUGAUCUUAAGUUCAUAUAGACUGGAUGCCUGUGCAGGCAGCCGAAAUGUUCAUCAUGCCAAAGUUGCUCCUCACAAAAUGCGCAAUUGCGUCCACCGAGUACCGAUGUGUUUCGUCAGCAGACCUUCAGUUCCAGUUUCACUCACAACAACCAAUGCACGCAACUUUUUAGCAAUGAUCUGGAAAAAAACCAGUCCUGAUGUGAUGAAUGAACAGUUCAUAGAUUUAAAACCAUCUGAAGUCUCUUUUGGCCUAUUAAACUGCAGUGUCAUCUCUAAAAGUCUCUAGUAGACAGUUUUAUUCUGUAAAAAAACACUGGUCUUCAUUUACACCUAAUUUAUUCCUGCAUGGAGUGGAGCAAAAUCAUAAGACCAGAUGACUUCCUCAUCCUCGUCCUUAUGUAUUUGGCAGAAUCAAACAAAAAAUAAAAUAAAAAUAAAGAUAUUAAAGUUUCUAACAGUAUGUAAUAUUACAGACCCCAUAUUUACAGGGCCAGCAACAAGAAGGAAUUAAAAAUUAACUCUGUAAGGGUGAAUCUCACAAAAACGAUCAAGAAAUGUCCAAUUUACAUUUCACCCCAAAAUCAAAAGAAAAAAAAAUGAAGCCCAUUUUUAUGACCAUAAAGAUUUAUUUUAUUAAGCAUAUUUCUCCUUUCAAAUGCGAAUUAAUGUUAAUUAUAUAUAUAUAUAUAUCAGUUUCUCUGGAUUUAUUAUUUAUAGGUAUGUGUUUGAGUAAAAUGAAUAUUGUUGUUUUAUUCUAUAAAGUACUGACAACAUUUCUCCCAAAUUCCAAAUAAAAAUAUUGUCAUUUAGAGCAUUUAUUUGCAGAAAAUGACAAAAAAGAUGACGUGUUUUCAGACCUCGAAUAAUGCAAAGAAAACAAGUUCAUAUUCAUUUUUAAACAACACAAUACUAAUGUUUUAACUUAGGAAGAGUUUAGAAAUCAAUAUU